GCAGAUUUGGUCAAAAUGGAGCUUGAAGGUCAUAUGAUCAGGGAGCAUAGCAGACAUUUGGAUGAGAUAUCUUCAAAACCAACAGAGUAUGUGAAGAAAAAAAAGCUCCUGAUAUACCAAGUCAUCUGUGCUGUGCUGCUGUGUGCUCUGGUGGUUGUCUCUCUGGGACUAGGUCUAGGACUAGGACUGAACAAGGAACAAACCAGCUGCAGACACAAGUGCCACGACCCCCCCGGCGCCACUGUGCCAGGCUGCCGCUGCGACAGCCACUGCCAGGAGCGGGGGGACUGCUGCUGGGACUAUGAGGACACCUGCCUGCAGCCAGCCCGAUCUUGGCGGUGCACGAACUUCCGCUGCGGGGAGACUCGGCUGCCUGGCAGCCACUGCUCCUGUUCUGAUGACUGCCUGCAGAAAAAGGACUGCUGUGUAAACUACUACACUGCUUGCCAAGGUGAAGUACCUUGGGUAGAAGAACCAUGUGAGUCCCUGGCAGCUCCUCAGUGUCCCUUUGGGUUCCUUCGCCCACCACUUCUCCUGUUCUCCAUGGAUGGCUUCAGAGCAGAGUACUUGCACACCUGGGGCUCCUUGCUGCCAAAUAUUGCAAAAUUCAAAACAUGUGGCACACAUCCAAAAUACAUGAGAGCUGUUUACCCCACCAAGACCUUCCCAAACCACUAUACUAUUGUCACAGGGCUGUACCCAGAAUCCCAUGGGAUUGUUGACAACAACAUGUACGACGUGAACCUGGACAAGCACUUCUCGCUCUCGGGGGAAGAAAAACUCAACCACCAGUGGUGGAAGGGGCAGCCUAUCUGGCUGACAGCAAUGUACAACCUUUUGAAAGCAGGCACCUACUUCUGGCCAGGCUCUGAUGUUCCCAUUAAGGGAUCCUACCCCACCUACUACCAUGUGUACAAUGGGUCAGUUCCAUAUGAGCAGAGGAUUUCAGGAAUAUUGGAAUGGUUUGAUUAUCCCCAGCCUGAGAGGCCUGAUUUCUACACUUUAUAUAUUGAAGAACCAGAUUCUUCUGGUCAUUCUUCUGGACCAGUUAGUGCCAGUGUCCUCAAAGGUUUACAGGCAGCAGAUCAAGCCCUGGGGAUGCUGAUGGAUGGACUGAGGCAAAGAAACCUGCACAAAUGUGUAAACAUCAUCCUUGUGUCUGAUCAUGGGAUGGAGGCCACCAGGUGCCAGCAGCUGGAGUUCAUGACUGAUUACUUCAAGCAGGUCAAUUUCUACAUUUACAGUGGGCCUGCAGCUCACAUUCGAGCAGCCAAUGUGCCAGAGGACUACUUCUCCUUUGACUCAGAAGGAAUUGUUAAAAACCUCACAUGCCAGAGGUCCCCUCAGCACUUCAAGCCUUACCUGAGUCCUGACCUGCCGAAGCGCUUCCACUACGCCAACAACGUCCGCAUCGACCGUGCCCACCUGCUGCUCCAGCCCCGCUGGCAGGCUGUCAGGGACCACACUUACACCUUCUGUGAUGGAGGCAACCAUGGCUAUGACAACAAGCUUAAAAGCAUGGAGGCUAUAUUCUUAGCAUAUGGCCCAAGCUUUAAAGAGAAAACAGAAGUGGAGGCUUUUGAAAACAUAGAGGUUUACAACCUUAUGUGUGAUUUGCUGCAGGUGAUUCCAGCAGAAAACAAUGGAACACAUGGCAGCUUGAAUCACCUCUUAAAGCAGCCCUUUUACAGCCCUUCCCAUGCCAGAGAACAGUCAGCUCCUUCUUCAUGUCCACUUUCCCACCUGGUACCCACAGAUAACCUGGGAUGCAGAUGUGACAGUAUAACAGAUGUUGCAGAAGUAAACAAGAGGCUAAAUCUCACCACAGAAGAAAUCACUGAGGCACACUCCUACCAUUUGCCAUAUGGGAGACCCAGACUUCUUCAGAAGGGGAAGACCUACUGCCUCCUUUCCCAUCAUCAGUAUGUGAGUGGAUACAGCUAUGACAUCUUGAUGCCCCUGUGGACUGCAUACACCCUGAACAAGCCUGAAAACACAUCUGCUGUUCCUCCCACUGCUGCAGACUGUCUGCGGGCUGAUGUCAGGAUCCCUGCUGCUCGGAGCCAAAAUUGUUCUGACUACCAAGAAGAGCUGACCUUCACCCCCAGCUUCCUCUACCCUCCCAACUUCACCUCACCUGCUGCUGAACAGUCUGAUGCCUUACUCACCACCAACAUUGUUCCCAUGUACAGAGCAUUCAGAGACAUCUGGGAUUAUUUCCAUGAUGUGCUUCUUCAGCAGUAUGCUAGAGAAAGGAAUGGAGUAAAUGUUGUCAGUGGACCAGUGUUUGAUCACAACUAUGAUGGCCAUUUUGAUACUCCUGAGGACAUUAAGCAGCAUGUGAACAACACAGAGAUCCCUGUCCCCACCCAUUACUUUGUGGUGCUGACCAGCUGCAAGAACAAGAUCCACACUCCCCUGAACUGUUCAGGCUCCUUGGCUGUUCUGUCUUUCAUCAUUCCCCACCGACCCGACAACUCUGAAAGCUGUGCUGAAAACAAACCACCUUCUGCGUGGGUUGAGGAAAGAGUUUGGGCUCAUUCUGCGCGCGUCCGGGACGUGGAGCUGCUGACGGGGCUGGAAUUCUACCAGGACAGAGAGGAGCCUCUCUCGGACAUCUUAAGGCUCAAGACAUUUUUGCCAAUACUGGAGACUGAAACUAUCUGA